AAUCCGUUGCUCAUCACAGAUAGCUCAGUGCUCUAGCUCAGACCUAACCAUGGCAGUUAAAUUUAUUCUUCUGACGGUGUGCGUGGCGUUCUUCGCCAUCAAUGGUAUCGAGGCCGCAACGGUACCUAGGACUAAAUAUCUGGCUGUUCUGCAGCCUUCCACGUUCUUCGAGGCGUGGCAAGAAUGUAACAGCAAGAAUGGUCAUUUGGCUUCGAUUGAGUCGCGUCAGGAGCAGCUCCUCGUAGAAGAAGCUAUGUCCAAAACGCGCAACCCAACGGCUGUGUACUUCAUCGGUGGUACUGACCUGGGUCGUAGGGGUCGUUGGGUAUGGAUCGGUCUGAACCAAGCGCUCGAGGACGGAACUUACACUAACUACUACCCCGGAGAGCCCAACAACCUGGGUGGUGAUCAGGAUUGUCUGUCGAUCGGAAACUGGCAAGGAUACAGCCGCGGAAAAUGGGAUGACACGGAGUGCUUCAAGAAGCUCGAUGGAUACAUUUGCGCUUUCCGUGCAUAAGCUGUUUUACGCUUUGCAAUAAGAUGCGGUAACUAAACAUAGGCUGGUUGUUGAAAAAAUGAAAAUAAUAAAACAAUGAAAUACAAUAAAUCUUUCCU